AUGACUCGCGAGGAGAUAGAGGAGCAUAUGCAGCAGCAGCAGCAGCAGCAGCAGCCGUCAAUGUCUGUAUCUCGUCAGCUGCUAGCUGUCCCCUUUGCAGGCAAAGACACUCCAUCUGUCUCCUCGGAGUUCUCUCACCCAGAUGUACUGAUAGGCCUUACAAUUCUUUCUUAUAGAUACCAGGGUCUCCGUGUCGAUGAUUUUUACUGUCUCCUUAGGGACCAAAUAAAUAGACUAGAGACAGCAGCAGGACCUGCUGCAGCAACACCAGCAGCAGCAGAAUUUGCUUCCUGGGUAUGGGCUGCAGGGGGCAGGGUCAGGGGCCUUCACAAGCAGACACAACGCGCAGACAGAUGGAUACAAGAAUUAAAAACACUUGCUGCUGAAGCCACACACCAGCAGCAGCAGCAGCAGCAGCAGCAGCAGCAGCAGCAGCGGCAGCAGCAGCAAGGUGUAAGUAGCUGGGGCUACGGCGGCGUGGGAACGAAGCAAAACGGCGAGCUGUCUUCAUCCCCACCAGCACCACCAGCAGCUGCAGCACCACCACCAGCACCACCAGCACCACCAGCAGCAACAGCAGCAACAGCAGCAGCAGCAGCAGCAGGAGCAGCAGCAGCAGGAGGAGAGGAGAGGUACAGUCUCUUUUCUAUUCGUUUGGGUUUCUCCGGCACACCAUCAGAGCUGCUGCCGCAUGCAAUGGGGCCCUGUUUCUAUGAAAAGGGGACAGAUGGCCGCGUGCUGCAGCUGCUGUCUUCACCGAGUGUUGUGUCUUAUGAGAUAUUACCUCAAGGGCUCAAACAUAUCGAUGGUGUUGUCUUUCUAGAUAACAAAGACAAACAAAAAAUUUUAUUAAGACAAGGAUGGAGACUCCUGCAACUUGCUGAGUGUGGACUGUCUCCAGAUAAACGCUUCUCCUUCUAUGAUCAUGUUCAUACCACCGGGCAGGACAUCCGUCAAGCAGCCGACAGCAGUGCGUUUAUAACACUAGGAAAAGACAGCACGUUCAGAGAUAUAGCUCAGGGGGCCUUUCGCAUGCGGGGGCUGGGGCGGGGACAGCGUCUCCACUACCUAAUACCCAGGGGCGUUGCAGCCCUCAUAGAUAAACACGCCAGGCUUGUUGGUGCUCUACACCCAGCAGCUACCAGUCUCUUCUAUCACCAUGAGCAGCAGCAGCAGCAGCAGCAGCAGCAACAGCAGCAGCAGCAGCAGCAGCACCAGCAGCAGCAGCAGCAGCAGCAGUAUCAGUAUCAGCAGCAGCAGCAGCAGGAGUAUGAGCAGGAGCAGCAGGAGUAUGAGCAGCAGCAGCAGGAGCAGCAGCAGCAGCAGCAGCAUUUGUCUCCUGGUUGUUCUGUAUUAGGAGAGAUAUGUUGCUGGCUAGUAUCUAGACAGAUAAGACAAGAGUGCCUGCAGCAGCGGCUGCUGUAUAUACAGAGCAGCAGCAACGUAUGGAGGAGCGCAGCACUAAAUAUAUUAAAACAAACGCAUGCAUCUCUAGGCACAGACCAGGUGUCUCCUCUCACCCAACAAGCUCUCGCUGUCUUCCUAGAACCCCUAGACUUCUCUGUCUCCUCCACUGUCCCCUUGUCUCUGCCUCUUAGUCUACGGCUAAGACAGCAGGCACUGCAGCACGAGGAGCUGCUGCAGGCUGCAGAGACAGCAGCAGCAGAACCACCACCACCACCACCACCAGCAGCAGCAGCAGCAGCAGCAGGAGCAGCAGCAGCAGCAGCAGCAGGGGGGGGACACAUGCUGAGCCCGAGAGAACUUAUAGAUAAAAUUAUUUCGGAGUUAGAGACAGAAGAAGCAGCAGCAAGGAGACAGGCAGCAACAGGCAGCAGCAGAGACACAGAAGGAGACGCUCUCAGGCUUGAAGGCCUAGAAGCAGAGAUAGAGGGCGAGGAGGAGCAGCAGCAAGAAGAAGAACAAGAGCAGCAGCAGGAGAUAGAACAGGAGAAGCAAGAGGAGAUAGUAAAGGAGACAGAAGAAGCAGCAGCUCUAAACUACACACGAGCUGGGGAGACAGCCCGGCCGUGGCUGCUGGCGUCUCUGUCUCUUCCCCCGCAGGAGGAGACACAAGGAUUUUAUUUAUCUUCUUCUUUUUCUGUUGCUUCUGCUCUGCAGCAGAAGCUAGCGAGGAUGCAGCAGCAGCAGAAAGGUUCAGGUGCAGCAGCAACAGCAGCAGCUGCAGCUGUUGCUGCUGCUGCUGCUGCUGUUGCAGUGGCUGCCUGA